AUGAGUAAAUCCGGUUCACUCAUCUUCAGAUUUGCAAUAAUUAAAGCAUCAUCUUUUAUUCAUUUUCUUUCUGUUCUUGUUAAGGAAACAUGGUUUCAAGCCUCUUGUUCCGAAGACAGUGACAAUGAGGAAGCUUGUGUUAGUUCGGGGGAUGGUGACGAUGAUGAAGUUCCCUACCCUGGGGCGGGAAACAUUGAGCGGGACUCAAUUGCUUCCGCUAGCGGCAUGGCAAAGGGGGACGGUGGUGCGAGUGAAAUACCGAUGGAGGCCAUCACAGUUGUGCCCAUGGAUAAGCCACCUAUCGUGAUUGAUAAAGAUAGCAUGGACCUGAACGGUAUUACUAAAACCCUAAAUCCAUCUUCCAUUAAUUUCAUCGGAUUCGGAUUAAAAUUCAAUCCAUUGACAGUCCUAGUACAGAUUCGUACUCAUGACCCGCAAAGUAUUGCUCGACACAUUCUUGUUGUAAUGGGAGGUGGAACCAAUCGAUGUCCAUGUCAAAAAAAGAGCGACUUUGACAAUGUUCCACUUCAUGUGACUGCAGAGAAUGUCAGUGGUCCGAUCGAAUCACUGUCCAACUCGGAUGAGUGGCUGGCUCACAUUCCAUCUCCAGAAAUAAUUGUCGUAAGCUCUGAUGGAGAAAUAUUUUGUGGUAGGGAUGAUUUUGGUCACGUCCUCUGCGUCCAUGCAGUAACACCAUUAUUGUUCCUAACUGUUGAGAAUUACAAAGACCAUCUGUCAAGAACCACAUAUGAACUGUCGGGACAUAAUAUUGGUGUUUUGCUUAUUUCGGAUAAAUUAGGCUCUGAUUUCGCACUUCUGUUCUGGAACAUUCAUUCAAACCGGUUAGACGGGCCAAUUCUCAGUGGUAGUUCAGGUUUUAGGGUACUAGUAUAUAUUUGUGGAGUAGUUGGAUUUGGAGAUCUUUUGCAAAUGGUUAGGAUCAAUGCCCACCAGGAUGAGGAUGAAGGAACGCCCGAUAGCUCUUCAACAGGAGGAAAAGAGGAGAGGAAAAGAGAUGAUCAGAAAGUGAAUGCUUUAAGGUCAAAACAUUCAGAGACGGAGCAACGUAGGAGAAGCAAGAUUAAUGAAAGAUUUCAAAUUUUAAGAGAGUUACUACCGGAAAAUGAUCAGAAGAGAGAUAAAGCUACACUUUUAUUGGAGGUUAUACGGUAUACCCGCUUUUUACAGGAGAGGUUACAAAUGUAUGAGGGAACGUACGAAGGUUGGAGUCCAGAGCCCACAAAGUUGAUGCCAUGGAGAAGCAAUUCUGGGCCAGUUGAAAGCUUGAUCGACCAAUCUCAACUAGUAAGGAACAGAACAGAUCAUGAAGACAAUUAUAUUGUCAAUCCAACGAUGCUUAACCAUGCACAAAACUCAGUGGAGUCUGACGUGAGUAGGGACAUCUUACACAAACCAACAGAAAAUCCACAUGUGGCAGCAAACGACACUAUUCAUCUUAACAUUCCUCGUCAGUCAAAUUUGUUGGAGGGUGUGUCAUGCCAACCUUCUCAGGUAUCAUUUUUAGAUGCUGAGCAAAUGACACCUCAGUUACAAUCCCAGUUUUGGGUGGGAAAAUCAUGUGCAAAUGAGUCAUCUGUUCCUAUCUACAUUCCAAAUGAGGUCGAAGAGCAGAAGAGUGAAAGUGGGGAGGCUAGCAUCUCAAGAACCUACUCCCAAGGCUUGUUGGAUACCCUUACCAAUGCCCUGCAAUCAUCUGGUGUAGAUUUGUCCCAAGCCAGUAUUUCUGUGCAACUUGAUGUUUGCAAACGUGCAAAUAGUAGUAGUACUGCUACAAUGUUCAGUUUGAAGGAUCACGAGAACCCAUCUGGUGUUAGUUCUGCAAAUUUUGGGGAUACUGGUGAGAAUUAUGUCCAUCCUCGUAAAAGGCUAAGGGCAGAGACGAGCUAGUGUGUCAUAUGUAUUUGGAAGUUUUGUUCUCAUUUGUUCCAUAUUUCCUUCGUUCCCCUGAUCUUUGGGGGUGGGGACAAAAUACGAGGAGAAACGUUUUACAUUAGAGAGUCCUGAGUCCACAAACAGCUCUGUCUGGACUAAGUGCACAGGCCUUGCUUUUUUGAUCGGUUGAGGUGCCAGAAUUUUUCUAGAAUCAGCUUAAAUAUGUUUUCUUUCUGUACUAGCUGGAUAAAGGCUUCCAUUUGAUUAUGAGAAGCUGCCUUUGAUCUUGUUCUCAAUAUGGAAGUUCAAUUGUCGCCGUUUGGUUUUUGCAUUUUUCAUAUGAACGCGAUGCAAGUACUUUUGUGUUUGUCAUUGUGAUAUUUCUGUAUUCGCUAACAACAGUUAUGCAUCCCAGUUUUUCAUACGGGAGGAAGGAAUGUAGGUUCACAUUUUCGAGCAAUUUCUCCCAGCCAAUUUCCUUCAUAAAGCUGGAAAAACUUAGACAAGACUGUUGUAAGGUUUAAUGGUCUGGUCGAGCAAAGCAUGCAUCCAUUGUUUCCUUCUCUCAAGAACUUCGAGGUUUAUUUUGUGAAUGUCUACUGUUGCUUUCUUUUUA